CCAGGACCCCCCCGCGAUGCGGCUGCGGCUCAGGAACAUUUUCCUCGUUUAUUUCGCGGUGUCGCUCGUGGGGCUCUUCUGUGCCCUGCGCGAGCUCGGUGAGGGCCGGGGGCGCCUUUGGGGGGGGACCGAGCGGCGCCGGGGCCGCUCCGGGGGGGCCCCGGGGGGGGAGGGGGCGGCGCUGCCCCCGAUCUACGUGGUGACCCCGACGUACGCCAGGCCGGUGCAGAAGGCGGAACUCGUGCGCCUCUCGCAGACGCUGCUCCACGUCCCCGCCCUGCACUGGGUGGUGGUCGAGGACGCCGCCGCCCCCUCGGCUCUGGUCGGGGGGGUCCUGGCAUCUUCGGGGGUCUCCUUCACUCACCUGAACGCCGAGACCCCCCCCGAUCUGCGGGGGGGUCCCGGGGCCCCGUCGUGGCUGUUCCCGAGGGGGGCGGAGCAGCGGAACCGAGCCCUGCGCUGGCUGCGGGACACGCGGCGCAGGGACGAGCCCGGCGUGGUUUAUUUCGCUGACGAUGACAACACCUACAGCCUGCGGCUCUUCGAGGAGAUGCGCAGCACCCGCGGUGUCUCAGUGUGGCCCGUGGGGUUGGUGGGGGGGCUGCGCUUGGAGCGGCCGCUCGUGGUCGGGGGUCGCGUCGUUGGUUUCCACACGGGCUGGCGGCCCGAGCGCCCCUUCCCCCUGGACAUGGCCGGGUUUGCCGUGGGGCUGCGGCUGCUGCUCGCCCACCCCCGGGCCCGCUUCGACCCCCGAGCCGAGAGGGGGUUCCUGGAGAGCUCCUUCCUGGGGGGGCUGGUGACCCCCGCCCAGCUGGAUUACGGUUACCGGGGCCGGGACUCGCGCUCCAACCUGCACGUGCUGGGCUCGGGGGAGCUCGUUUACUUCAUCGCCUGCGUGGUGGUGCUGCUGCAGCUGCCAGCGCGGCGCCAGCGCCACUACCUGCGCCACAGCGACUGCGUGCGCUGCCUGGCCGUGCACCCCGACCGGCUCCGCGUGGCCACCGGGCAGGCGGCCGGAGUGGACAAGGACGGCAAGAUGUACCAGAUCGGGCAGCAGACGCGGGCACACGAGGGCAGCGUGUUCGCUCUGUGCCGCCGCCGGGACGGGACCGUGCUGAGCGGGGGGGGGAAGGACCGAAGGCUGCUCAGCUGGAGCCCCGCCCUCGAACUCCUGCACGAGGUCGAGCUCCCCGAGAGUUUCGGCGCCGUCCGCACGAUCGCGGAGGGUCCCGGGGAGGAGCUGCUGGUCGGGACCACGCGGAACGCGCUGCUCCGGGGCACGCUGGGCUCCGGCUUCACCCCCAUCGUCCAGGGUCACACGGAUGAAGUUUGGGGUCUGGCCACGCACCCCAACUGCUGCAGCUUCCUGACCUGCGGCCACGACCGGCAGCUCUGCCUGUGGGACGGGCGGGAGCACGCGCUGGCCUGGAGCCUGGGGCUGGAGGGUCACUCGAGUUUCAUCACCCACCUGGACUGGUCCAAGGACGGGAGGUUCAUCAUGUCCAACUCGGGGGAUUAUGAGAUCCUUUACUGGGACGUCGCCGGGGGCUGCAAAUUGCUCCGGAACCGCUUCGAGAGCCGGGACCGGGAAUGGGCCUCGUACACCUGCGUGCUCGGCUUCCACGUCUUCGGGGUGUGGCCGGACGGCUCCGAUGGCACCGACAUCAAUUCCCUGUGCCGCUCCCACCACGAGCGCGUGGUGGCCGUGGCCGACGAUUUCUGCAAGGUUCACCUGUUCCAGUACCCCUGUGCCCGGCCCAAGGCGCCCAGUCACGUGUACGGCGGGCACGGCAGCCACGUGACCAACGUGCGCUUCACGCACGACGACGGGCACCUGGUGUCGCUGGGCGGGAAGGACACGAGCGUGUUCCAAUGGCGGGUGCUGCCCGGCGACAGCAGCUGAGCCCCCCCCGCCCAUCCGCGCUUCCUCUUCCUCGCUGCUUCCUCUUCCCCUUUGCCCUUCCUGGGACCAAAGAGCGGCUCAGGGGUUGGUUCAAGCCUUCCUCCCCGCCGCGUUUUUUCGCGCUGCACUGUGACAGAGGCGUCAAUAAAAGCCUUGG